AUGGUUCAGGGGUUGAGGGCACUCAAAUCGGCGCUAGUGGAAUACGUCAAGAGAUGCGUUGCUGAGAGGCGGUCGGCGCCGUCCAAUCACCCUACUGGGCCAAGUACCUCCCCCCUCGACGACGACGGAAUCGUAACUAAGACGGCGUCUCAAGCUGGCGUGUUUUGCCCGGCGUAUUCCGGCGCGCACGACACUAGAACUAGCGGUCAUGUUGGCGGCGGUGGCGAGGCCGACCUGGUAGGAGAAGAGGAGCAGAUGGCAGGGUCUGUUGAGUCAUCUACUGACUCAGAGUCAGAGUCGGGAUCCGAGGAGGAGGAGGAGGAUGAAGAGGAGGAGGAGCGUGCAGGGAAGAUGGCUGUUGGUGCUGAGGCGGACACAGACGCCGACCGCGGUGCUGGUCGCGACCCGACGUCGACCGGCGGGACAGGCGCAACUGCAGCGUUGGCUGGGGACAAGCCUCGUAGGAAGGCGCCAGUGCAUGGUCAGCCUGCGUCGACCACAUCUUCAAAGUCGGCGUUUGCAGCCGCACUUGCUCACGUGAAGCGACUGGAAGAGGAGAACAUGAAACUGAGGGACGAGAAUGCGGGGCUGCGGUCGGAUCUGGUUACCGAGAGGUGUCGGACGGAGGGGUUGUUGGCGACGGCGGUUGAGUGCCUCGCGGCUAUCAAGUCGCUUACCGAACGCGUCGCCGCCGCCGAGCAGACUGCGGGGACACACAUCUCCACAGCCACAGCAGCCAUGACCGGCGUCUUCACCAAGGUGCUGGACGAUCGGGUUGCUCUGGUCAAGGCGUGCAGCAGCAUGGCGACGCCGUUGUUGGGGGAAAUCACAAAGGGCUUGGACAAGCUGGCCGUCGCCCGCCGUGAUGCCGACGUGUGGUUGGGGAACCACGUGACCAACGUGGGGGAUGACGUUAAGGCGGUGUUGGCCGAAUACAUCCAGACCAAGUUAGCCUCAACUUCCACCAACAUCGUCGGCGGCUUAUCGCGCAGCAUCGUGCCGCCGCCGCCCGGUCCAUCCCCCGCGCUGCCUGAAGAAGUCAUCAAAGCAAUGAGGGAUGACAUUGUUCAGGUGGUAACCGCCGUCACGCAGCAGGCGCUGGGAACCGUCGGCUUCACGCUUCUGCCCAACGUGCUUGCUACAAUGAGGCUGGGGCGGCGUGGUUCGUCCCCGUUGGCCGGCGACCCGGAGACCGCGCAAAGGCAUAGGCCGGAAAAAAGGGCUGCCAGCGGAAGUGCAGCCGACGGCGACAACGCGGGAAAUUCAAAGCGGAGUAAAGGUGCUGGUGUGGAGCGAGCAGUCGGCGGCGACGUUCCAGAUCGUGCCCAGUCCGGAUCUCCCGUCCUCGACAUGCUGAAGAGAAAAGGGGCGACAACUCGGCUCCUUGGCCCGCAUAGUAGAGGCGGAGCUGGCGGCAGCUCGGAGGGCAGGACUGCCGCCGAGGAGGGUGUGCGAGCCGGCGGGUCUUCCACUCACGGCGGUGGAAGGAAAGGUCUGGAGAUUCCACGUCCUGGAGCAAGCGAGGUAGCACCACCGCCGUUCUGUCGUGGUAACGUCGCCGUUGAAUCGGUUGAAGUGCAGGCCGACGCGGCGAUAGGCGUUGAUCGCGGGUCGCCAUUCGAUGUUGAGGCUCCGUCAAUCGGCGAUCAGACUCACCAGGCUCCUGUGGUCGGCGUAGGGGUGGACACGGGCGCCCUCGGCGCGGAGGAUGAUCCCGUGGCGAGAGCGUUGAUGGAGGAGCUUCUUGCUUUUCAGGCGCCCUCGCAGCAGCAGCCCGUCACCAUCGACAACGCCGCUGUCCCAACAACUCGUCGGGGGGCGCAACCUGUCGCCGGUACAGCACCAACAGCCCCGGUCUCGGCCGAUGUCACCGCGCGUCACACGGCAGCACCAUAUGGUGAUCCGCCGACAGGUGGGCCCGUCGCAGCGCCAAGCACGGGGCAAGACAACGCCGGUCAGACCCUCACGGACCCGGUCGCGGCCAUGCUUCUGGCCGCGAUCAACUCGUUUCAAGAGGCGGCACCUUCAUCGCAUCCGCCAACUACUGUCACCAGCGCUGCGCCGACUAUGCAGCUCCCUGCCGCUGUUGCCACGCCGUCGGACCCAGUCUCGGACAUGCUGAUGGCCGAGGUCAACGCGCUUUCAGCAGGUGCACAAUCCGCUCAACCGCAGACUCACGGCACGCGCAUUGUGCCGACCACGGUGAACUUGGCGGAGCCCGUACACCAAGAAGCGGCAAACGAGACGGUUCCAACGGCGGUGCCAACGCAUCACCAGGUCGGCGCGGCGUCUGGACAAGGUGAUUGGGGCGCGGUGGCAGGAGACGAUGGUGCGGGGGAGAUCUCUCUCAUCAUCGAGGACGAGGAUGUGGAAUUGAUACAAGCGGCGAUAGAAGCAGACGAAGUUGCCGCACUUCGGGCCUUCCAGACCGGCCCGAUCGGCGUCACUGGUUCUGACCAGGCUGGUCUGGCGGGAGAGUCCACUCGGCCCACCGCCGUUACAGUGGCUAGUCAGGCCGGCCAGGCCGGGCCUUCGGACAGGUCGGCGGGUGUCACUGUUGCGGUCCGGGCGGGUCAGGCGGGGACGUCCACUGCUCUGGCCGGUGGACCAGUGGGUGAACACGCCGACAAGGAUGGACAGACCGAUCGUGCGGCUGGAGUCGGCGAAAAAAAGAAUAAACGGAAGGGUAAAGCCGCCGCGUCGCAGAAGGCCGUCGUUCCGAAAGAUCGCAGGGGGCAUGGUAUUAGGCUGGACAGGACGAGCGGUGGCGGGUGGCAAGGCGAGGUAAACCUGGCUGGAAAGAGUCGCUACACGGGGAGAUCGGACGACAGGAUGGAAGUGGCGUACCUCAACGGCGUUGCGACGACCAUCUUCGACGGACACGCCAGCCAAGUCCUGCUGGCCGAAAUGACCGGCGUUAAAGCCGAAGAAAUGACGCGGUGGAAGGCGGAGUGGGAGGAGGCAAAGGUGAUGCCGAAGGGUAUGUGGACGGUGAUGUGGUCCCGCGGCGCCACCAUGUUUCGUGCACGGUUCCAGAAAGUCCUCGCCGACUUCAAACAGAAGAAGUCAUCAGGGCCCCCGCUGAUGAAAGUGCUGAGGCCGGCGGUGUGGUUCGGCACUGGUUGGGAGCCGGCCAAGCGCAAGCAGCAGCUCAGCGACAUCAUCAACCGCGCUUGCUUGUGCGCGGCGUUUGGGCCAGUCGCGGCAGAUGCCGUCCCCAAAACAAAUGCAGACGCCAAGCGCAUAGGCCAAGCCGUUGCCGCUUCAUCCUGCGCCGUGUGGUGCUUCGCCGAGACCGCGGCCGAGGUCGGCAAUGCGGCGGGUGAAGCGAAGGCGGCGGCACUGCUGUGUGAAGCGAGCACCGAUUUUGCUGACACUUGUCACGACGUCAUGGUUGCGGUGCUAGAAACGGCGGUUGCGAGACAACCCGUCCUGGGAGAGGUCUCGUGCAACGUCACCGACGCACUGCAGAAGGAUGCUCUUCGGAAGGCGUGCAAGGGCUGUGACCCCACACCCGACGCCGAGAUUAUCGCGAGGGCGACUAUCGAGACCCUCGCUUUCUGGGGGUCGUGCAACGCCGGCGGCCCCCUCCUCCGAGCACGCGGCAUUCAAGUGCCGCUGGACAAGCAGAUGGAGAAGGAUAUGGAUAACAGGGGAAAGAAGGGGCAGAAGGGGAAGCACGCCGCGUAG